AUGCUGCGCCACGUGCUGUGCGUGCUGGCCCUCGCGCUGUGCUUCUGCACCUCUCUGUGCGCGGCUGCUGCUGAUGGUAAUGGCGGUGCAGAAGCUCCACUUCCGCAAGGUAAUGAGGGGCAAGUGAAGGGCUCCGGAACUCUUGCUCUGGAGGCUGCGAAGGACGCUGUAGCGGAGGCGAAAAAGGCCACAGCGGCGGCGAGCGCACUUAAUGCACAGAUGAAGGAGGUGGUGAAGGCAAUGGGGACUGCAACUAAAGCCGCCAGUGCGGUCGAUAAAACGGCUGAACAAGAAGCGGUGAAGGCGGCAAAAGCGACAGGGAAACUAACUCAAAUGCCGACUACUGGGAUGCCUGAGGCUGAGAAAAUAAAAGCUUUACUAUCUGCUUCGUUUCGAGCGAAGUGGCAACUUGCGCUGUUGGCGAAUAAGACCAAAAAAGUCAGCAGCGCCAAUGACGCCGCCUUGGCUGCCACUGCAGCAGCGGAGAAGUCGAAGGAGGCGGCGAAGAGUGCGAGGGCUGCAGGAGUGGGAUUUGGGGAUGCUGCUGCAAAGGCUGAUACUGCAGAGAAAUUGUUUGCCGAAGCAGCGGAGAGCGCUAAGAGCAUAAUGGGCACCGCAAACAGCGCCGUCGAACCCGCCAAGGAGGCGGCUGAGAGUGCCCGAGAUGCCCAUGUCUUGGUUUUGUUUGCGGCAGAAGAUAAGGAUUCGGAUGACUCCGCUACAACCAAGAUCACGACUGCCGAGACGAAACUGAUGGCGGCAGUGGAGAAGAUGAAGGUGGCAGAGAGCAGCGUCGCGGCGGUACGGGACAAAAUUAAAAGAGCCGCGGAGAAUGCCGCAGCUGCGGCGAAGGCGGCUGAGGACUCGCUAAGCCGGAAAACAGAAGAGAAGCCAACUACUGAGGAUAGUGCCAUUCAAGAGGACGAAAGCGUUGUGCAGCCAGAAUCUAUUGGUGCGAGAGAGACGGCAGUGGAAUCAACGAGCAGUGAUGCCCUUCCUCCCUCAGCAGCGGAAUCAACGAGCAGUGAUGACCUUCCUCCCUCAUCUAAGGAUGUUGUGCAUGUGGCGGAGCCCACAAACACUGCCGCUGCCGAUCCCGUCACGUCCACAGUUCCCCCAACAACAACAACAACAACUGAUGUGACUACUCCUCUGGCGACUGCGGCUGGCAAGACGGACGGCAGCACUUAUGCACGGAUGUGUACACCGCUGCUGCUGGCUGUGGGAGCGAUGACCCUUGUGGCUGUGUGCUGA